AACAUUUUCAUAGACCUAAGACAUCAAGAUCACCCUCGAUCGUCAACAUUCUGGCGAAUUUUAUGUUUAAUUCGUAGUUCUAAUUUGUCUAUGUUUGUACUCAAGAUCAUAUAAAUAAUGCCGAAAAACAAAGGAAAAGGAGGUAAAAACAGGAGGAGAGGAAAGAACGAGAAUGAAACUGAAAAACGUGAGUUAGUUUUCAAAGAAGACGGUCAGGAGUACGCCCAAGUCACAAAGAUGCUCGGUAAUGGCCGCUUGGAGGCCAUGUGCUUUGAUGGCAUUAAACGUCUCUGCCACAUCAGAGGGAAACUUAGGAAAAAGGUUUGGAUAAACCAAGGAGAUAUUAUAUUAAUUGGUUUACGAGAUUAUCAAGACGCCAAGGCUGACGUCAUAUUAAAAUAUACACCCGAUGAAGCAAGGAACCUUAAAACUUACGGUGAAUUCCCAGAGACUGUACGUAUUAAUGAAACGGUUGUUUAUUCCGUGGAUGGUUUGGAUGAAGACAUUGAGUUUGGAGAUGAAGUCAGCUCAGAUGAUGAAGCUGAUCCUGUUGAUGCAGUCUAACCCCUGUUGAUCCUAAAUCCUUUAGUAACUAUGUAAGUUUUUGUAAAUUAUUUUUGUUCUAUAGAAUGAUUUACCCCAAUAAAUAAAAUUUCAUGGAUCUGUCUAUAUAUUUAGGCAUCUGCAAACAAUGCUACAAAAUUCUAAUAUCUGUAUUAUUUAUUGAAAUAGUUAAUUUACAAGUCAAAAAUUACAUGUCAUCCGCUAGGACUUAUUGCACAACAUUCCUGGAAAAUAUGUAAAACUUUAAAAUUGCUUAAAAUCUAAGGAAUGUACAUAAUUAAAUACUUUUAAAAACUU